AUGCGAAAAGUUCAAUUACUUGAACUGAUUGCUGCAAAUGCAAGUGGCGAAAAAAAAUAUUUCAUUGACGAAAUUCUAAAAGGACAAAGUCAUGAUGUUUUGAGACUUCCCCCAUACCACUGUGACUUAAACCGAAUAGAAUUAAUUUGGGCGGAUGUUAAACGUUACGUGCGAGAGAGAAAUGCGACUGCCGACAUGAGUUUUCAACGUCUUGAAAGUCUUGCUUCGGAAGCCAUGAUAAAUAUUGGAAAUCUGAGAUGGGAAAAACAUUGCAAACAUAUAGAACACAUUGAAAAAAAGUAUUGGGAAACUGACGGCAUUGUCGAAGAAGUCGUGGAAAACAUUUCUUUCAACAUCAAUUCGGAUUCUGAUAGCGAGAGCAAUUUUAGUGAUGAUGACACUGAUGAUAGCUAUGACGAUGGACAUUAA